GUCUAUGCACACUAGUGGGCAUUAUCUUAUACAUCGGCAGCAUCACAGGUGAAGUCGGCAACAAACCAAGAACUUCUAUAGAGGAACCGCGAUUCCUCUACGAUUAUGGUUCCUCAUUUUACAUGGCUGUAGGCUCUUUCGUGCUGACAGAGCUCUCCGGUGUGUUUUCAGUCUACCUGUACAUCUCCAAGCACAAACUUUCCCAGAGAGUCAAACGCUUAGCUCUGAAAUCUGAUCAUAAUGACAGGAACCAUCAAACGGCCCGCCACAUCAGAAGAGGGCCUCGCGAAAACUCGCAAGAUCGUCUGCAUUCUCGCGACCCCUCUGCAAGUAGGUCAGAAAGCUAUUUUACGUACACCCCUAUCUCGGACACUUCCCACGAACUCUCCAAUUACACAUUUACUAGGGAGAACACAAACAAUACUAUAUCGACAACAGCAGAACUGCAUGCUCCCAAAGAAAACUCUACUCCUACGCUGGCUGCUGCAUGCAUCAUAAGAACAAGCUCGCCACCAAUGGUUGUAACAUCAAUUGACAUUGUUAGACGCACAACUCCAGUCUGA